GUGAGUACAUUAUGUUAUAAUGUAAUGAUAGGGGGUGUAGUAGAGGAGGGAAAUGGAAUCUUGUGAAUUGCAUGUAUAAUGGCGUCGUAUUGCUAUUAAAUGAAGAUUUUUACAUCAAACUUGUGUUCCGUGAUUGAAAACAGUCAAGAAUGACAUCAUUAAUCAUCAUCCUGAUGAACAGUGUUCCAUUAUAUCUUUCUUUUCUGUGUUAAAAAUAUGGACACUGACUUUGUGGAAGAGAUUGUAUCCAUUCAUUCUGAUAGCCAAACACUAGAUUUUGCUAGAGAUGAUACUGUUUUAUAUUCAAAUAAUAUUGAUGACCCUAAAAUGAAGACUGAGUAUUUUAAUGAAGAUGAUAUUGAAUCUAUGUCAUCUAAUAAUUGUCUUGUGCAGACUAUUGAGUCUUCAUAUUUAACUAACAGUGAUAAUCGCAAAAGUGAACUCAACAAUAUGACUAGGGCUGUUAUGGAGUCUGUACCAUAUGCAGAUGGAUUACAAUAUUUGGCUGCCAUAUCUUCUUUCAGUGAUAAUUUUAAGGAUUCUCGUCAAGGAUUGCAAGCUAAAGAAGUAAUGAAUACUGGUGAUUUAUUUGAAUCAAGUGAUGAAGAAGUCCAACAAAUGAGUCAAGAAGAAUUUCAAGAAUAUUUUGAUGUUCAAGAAGAAGUUGUUGUUCAAGAAUGCCCAGAACAAGAGAUUAUUACUCAAAGUUGGGAUGUCAAUCGAACUACUAGUGUUAAUAAUGUAAUUGAUUCAAAUGUUGAAUGCAUGUCUGCUAAUGAAGAUAUUGAUAUACCAAUUCCAGAAGGAGAGGAAGCAUCAUCUUCUGUUAAUCCUUAUCCAUGUGAUUUUUGUAGUAGACGAUUCAAUAGAAAAUCUCACCUUAUGAAUCAUAUGGUAACACAUCAGUCUGAACGUCCUUUUUGUUGUGCAUUAUGUGGAGUUCGUUAUCGUCGUAAAUGUGAUUUGGCUAAUCACAUGAAAAUACACAUUGGUCCUGGAAAUAUAUCUGAUAAUGAAAAUCAAGAUACAUCGGUGACUAAAGUAAUGAAUAAAUUAAUGUAUAUGGAUCCAGUAAAUAGACGUAGUGUAACACCUGGAGAGGAAUCUGGAACAUUAGAAAGUAUUAAUCAAGAACAAAGUUCUAAAAAUCGUGGACGUGGUCGUGGAAGAGGUCGAGGUCGAGGAAAAGGACGCCCAAUCAAAGAUCGUUUACUUACACUAGGUUGGAAUUCAGAAUUAUAUUCUAAGCCACAUACUUGCAACCCUUGUGGAAUAUCAUUUACUCGCGAAAAAGCUCUUCUUAAUCAUGCACGUCUUCAUCACAUUGAUGAUGGUGUUAAUAUAAUUACCACACAAAAAUCAAAUUCAGAUAAUUAUGAACUAACAAUAUUAUCUAACAAGAAAAGUAGUGACAUAACAUAUCCAUGUGAUUCUUGUGGGGAAAAUUUUGACAGAUUUGAUUUCUUAAAACGACAUCAAAGGCAGCAUAUGAAAAAAGAAGUUGGAAAUAGUGAAGAAGAAGUGUAUGAAGAAGCUCAUAUGUGCAUACAUUGUGGAAUGUUUUUUAAAUCCAUGAAUGAACUGGAAACUCACACAGAACAACACUUAAUUCCUACAAAUAUCCCUGAGAAAUCAAAAUGUUUAGCUUGUGGUGAAACAUUUGAUAGUACUGAUGAACUAUCAGAUCAUGUAGCUCAAAUGCAUACUGAUACAUUACCUGACAAUUCUUGUAAAUUAUGUGGGAAGCAAUGUAAAGAUGAUAAAGCUCUUCAAAAACAUUUAAUGAUCCAUGAUACAUCAGAUAAUAAAUGUAUAAUAUGUGGAAAAAGGUUUCAUUCUCGAGCACGUCUUAAAAGACACAUGAUAACUCAUCGCGAAAAAGGUGUUAUGUGUGAUAUUUGUGGAGAAGAAGUUGCUGAUAAAAGAUCAUUAAUCAAUCAUAAAGCAAGUCAUGCCAAUACUAUAAAUGUUUCAAGAAACUCUACGACAGAAAAAGUAUUUCCUUGUACAAGCUGUGGCAAAGUUUUUGGCUCAAGGUCUUCUCAGCAAAUUCAUAUUCGAAUACAUACCGGAGAAAGACCUUAUGGUUGUAGAUAUUGUAAUAAAGCAUUUGCUGAUGGUGGAACCCUUAGAAAACACGAAAGGAUACAUACUGGCGAAAAGCCAUAUGUUUGUCCAGUUUGCCCUAAAGCAUUCAAUCAAAGAGUUGUUCUAAGAGAACACAUUAGAGCCCAUCAUGCUGGUACUGAAGCUCGAGGAGGACAAGUAAAUUUUUAUGAGUGUAAAGUAUGUGGCUAUCUAUUUCGAUCAUCAAUAGAACUUUGUUCUCAUCUAGUACAACACAGUGAUGAAAACACCGCUAAAUCUAGAGUUGUACCUGUGGGACCUCGCAAGUAUAAACGUCGUAGUAAAUUAGGAAAUCGAAAAGAUACAUGGUGUUUGGUUGAAAAAGUAUUUACAGUAAUGUCUGGUCAGUCAGAUACUGAGAGUUGUGAAGAUGAACCUAUGCCUACAGUAGAAGAAAACGCUGUACAAUCAAUAUUAGAUGAAGAUAUGGUAUAUAAACCACAAACUGUAACAAGUCCUAGCAAGUCUUCUGUAAAAACAUAUAAAAUUGUUAAUGGUAAAUUAGUUAAAAGUGAUCAAAAAGCAUCUAAAGUAACAUCAUAUACUCCUAAAUAUGUUAAUAAUAAAUCAGAAUCUUCCCCCAAAAAACAAAGUUUUGUACUUAGAGAAGGAGAAUGUACUAGGACUUGUCCAACAGUUAUUUUUUACUCUUCAAGAUCUGACUCUGCAGCAAAUGAUUCUUCAUUAGGUGAAGAAUCUAAAGAAAACGAUAAUCCUGAAGAUCCUGAGGAUCAAAUAUCUGUUGAAGACAUGGAUUUAACAAAUGUUAAAAUGGAACUACUUGAAGAACAAUCAGAUUUUGAAACUCAAGAUUAUGAUAGUGUUUGUAACAUGGAAUAUGAUGAUCAAGGUCAUGUAGAAUAUUAUAUUCAUGAUAAUACUGAGUUUGAUACUCAAGAAAAUGUUAAACUGGAGCCUAUAACAAAUGAAUCCUUAAUUGAGACAGAAUUAGUAUUUGAAACUGAUUAUGUGGAGGAAGUUGGAGCUAAUAUUGAAUUGAGUACAGAAGAAUUGCCUCCAACAUUAUCUAUUUCUCUUGCUGAAUCUAUCACUUGUGAUAUAUGCGAUGAAUUAUUUGAAGAUAGAAAAGAACUAAUGAAACAUAUUCAAACUAUGCAUAUUGGAUGAGCUUGAAAUAUGUAGAUAAUGUAUUAUUAUCUUGUAAAAUUUGUUGUCUUUUUUUUUUUUUAACAUACAUAUUUUUAUUUGUAGAAUCUUGUUUUCCUGGUACAUUACUCUGUGUUCUAAUUUAAACUAAAAUUGCUAUGCUUAAUGAAUCAAAAUAUCAUUUUGAAAAAGUAAAUUGGAUCAUAAUGUUACCAUUAGAAAUUAAUAUUUUGUGUUUGCAUACGUUGUAUACAAUUUUCUUCUACUAUCUCUUUUAACAUUAUUUUAAUUUUUUUUAAAUUUAAGUAGUAAAAAUGAAUAUUUUUGUUCGUUAUAAUUCAUUUCAUCAUUUAAUAUGUUGUAUAAAGAAUGUAGUUGUAGUUGAAAACCAAACUUAUAAUUUUAUUUUCUAAACUAUUUUGCUCUUGACAUUUGGAGUUGCAUGAAUUGUAAUUAGUCAUAUAAUAUAUAUAAUAAAAAUUCAUCUUUUUUAUUACAAAUUUUCUUGAUUUGUAUUUCAUUAAAUAGUUUAUUGUUUUAACAUAAAACAUUUUUAAUUUAUUGGAACACAGAAGCUAUAAGUAUUUUUUUUAUGUAAAACUAAUAAUUGAUCUAAAAUUCAUUUAAAACUAAUUAUAAUGCUUAACACUUGUACCAAAAACAUUUUAUAGUGUAAUACAGAAAUAAAACUUCUCUUAUACCUAGCUGUAUUUUUACACAGAUAUAUUACUAUUGGUAAAUAUUUACUAGUAAGAAUGUAUAUCUGUGUUAUUUUUGUAUAUAUAACAAAUAUUAAUUAACAAUUCGUUAGUAUUAAAAUUUACAAAUCAAGUCCUCUGAUAUGUUGAAAGUUGAGUUGUUAAAGUUUUGAUAGAGGUGUAAAUAUAUGUUGUAAUUGUAAAUAUAAACAUUUUUAAUAUAUAAAUACUUAUAAACAUGUAAAUUGAUACAAUUAGUUUUUAUUAUUAUUUUUUUAAAUUAUAUAUUUUAAUUUUUAACAUUAAAUCAUGCAUCUUUGCAUUAAAAUGA